UGCACAUACACACAUACUUCUCCAGAACAGAAAACAUGCUGCGAACAGUAUUGGGACGACGGUCAUUCCACAGCACAUUCCUUAAUCGAGCCGAGAAAACAGCAUCGCCAGAUUUCAAUGUCGAAACAGCAAGCCAACACCUUGGCGUAUCAUUCACAACGCCCAACCUUUUACAACGAGCCUUAACGCACAAAUCAUUCAAGCAUGGCACUGUACCUACAAACGAACGUCUCGAAUUCUUGGGCAGUCGCGUGGUGAGCUUAUUGGCCACAGAGCAAGCUGUUAAGAACAACGCUGUUGACCUGAAAGAGCAAGUCGUUACACAGACAAGUGCAACAAACUUAGCCCAUCUUUUUGAUACACUGAACCUUGAGAGUGGAUUGCAGUAUCACCUGCCAGACGGCGUAACGCCCAAGGUCAAGGCAAAUGUCUACAAGGCUGUAGUUGGCGCAGUAUAUCAUGACAAGGGAUUCUCGGCCGCACGUGAAUUUGUACAGAAGCAUCUGUCAUAAAAAUCAAAACAUUUCAUCAUCCAAAAAGAAAAAGAACUCUUUAAUAUACACGAAACAAGCAAAAUUCAAGAUGCACAAACGCAAAAAAAAA